UCAGGAUCGUGAGCAUGGACGAGUGUCCUUAACCCUUUGCUUUUCUUCAGGGUGCAAAUUUUGUCUAUUUUUAUUAAAAAUAAAAAUGCCAAGGAUAUGGAAUUAUUUCUGGAUACUUUUGUGUAUUGUUGUUAAAAAUACCGUGGCAGGAAUAUGUGACGAGGAAAGUAAUCCUGAUACCGUUGCAAAAGUUCGUCUGUUGGUUUAUAAUGGCAACAGUUCUCAGUACAGUUUCAGCGAAGGUAAACUAGCAAAUCCUGAGGGUAUUGCUAAGGAUAUUGCAAGUAACAAGGACACGGUUAUGUAUAUUCACGGUUUCCUAGAGAAUCCAGAUGCUGAUAACGUUCUAACUAUAAUUAAAGCUUAUCUGGAUGAACGAGACGUUAACCUUAUAGCGGUGGAUUGGGGUGACGUAGCAAUUGACAUUAACUACGUUUUCGUGUCCAGCCAAGUGACCGUGAUAGGGAAGGCGGUUGCAGAAUUCCUGGAGAAACUCUCCAGGGUGAUCGAUUUGAACACGUUGCACGUGAUCGGGCAUUCUUUGGGUGCUCACGUAGCUGGCCAGAUCGGGAGAUCCAUGAAUGUUACUCUUACUCGCAUCACCGGAUUGGAUCCAGCGCUUCCGCUGUUUUAUCCUUCCACAUGCCACAUCCGGCCAACGGACGCGGAAGCUGUUGUCAUCCUUCAUACUGACGGUGGGUUUUAUGGGACCCCUGUGGACACGGGGACUGUUGACUUCUAUGCAAACAGAGGAGCCGUUCCACAACCGGGCUGCCCUAAAAUCAUCGGAAGUGAAUUGUGCAGCCAUCAAAGGUCGGUCAAGUUGUACGCCGAGUCUUUAAAGAAUUCUAAGGCCUUUCCAGUUCAUAAAUGCUUUGAUAAAUUAGAGAUCGGAGGGGUCAGCAAGAGUAUUUAUUUCGGAGAUUCCACGCCCGAUAACAUACAUGGUUCGUACUGUUUCGAUACCAACGCUCAGGCUCCGUAUGGUAAAGGAUCUUCCAUUUAAUUAUUAAACAGGAAAAUUUAAUAGAAAUGGUCCUAAGAUACCAAGAAUUUAUUUUGGAGGAAACCAAAUUUAAUAUACAUAAUUAGAAGGAUGAUUUAACACUUCAAAAAUGAUAUUACAAUUAACAUAUGGAUGGAAUUGAUAAGAAAUGAGGUUUAAUAUAAAAAGAUUCAACAUUU